UCGACAUAAAUAUUGUUUUGUUACUUAAUACAUAAAUUAAAAUUCAGCAACAAUUGUUAAUUGAAAAAAAAUGAGCGCUAACGAUAUUUAUCCUAAGUGUACAUUUUCCAUGCUCAAAGGUAAAAUCGACUGUAGAAUUCUUUCUACGUUAAGACAAAUGGGGUUUCAAAGACCUACACGUAUCCAAGCUCAGGCAAUGCCCUAUUUAUUACAACAGAAGGACCUUAUAGGUGCAGCUAAAACAGGAAGUGGAAAAACUUUAGCUUUCUUAAUACCUGCUGUAGAUCAACUUAUUAAACUUGGAUUUACACUAAAACAUGGUACAGGUUGCAUCAUUCUAUCUCCAACAAGAGAAUUAGCUCUGCAGACAUUUGAAGUACUAAAGAGACUCUUAACAGAUAUUGAUAUUUCACAUUGCUUGAUUGUUGGAGGUGAGAAAAAAAAUAAGGAUGUGUCCAAGCUACAAAAAGGCAUGAAUAUUGUAGUGAGUACUCCGGGAAGACUUCUUGAUCAUUUACAAACCACAAACACAUUUAAUUGCAAAAAUCUGAAAUGUCUUAUAAUUGAUGAAGCUGAUAAACUGUUAGAAUCUGGCUUUGAAAAGCAUGUAAAUGGAAUACUGGAAAAACUUCCAAAUGAUAAACAAACCGUUCUUUUUAGUGCAACGAUUGAUGAUAGAGUUAAGAAUCUAGCUAGACUGGCGUUGAGGAGCGAUCCGAUCUGGAUAACUGUUGAUGAUGACGCAAAGCGGUCCACUGUCUCUGGAUUGCAACAGGGGUACUACAUUUGCCCAGUAGAAAAAAGAAUGGCUUGGUUGUACAAGAUGCUGAAGAAGUGCAAGAAACUGAAAGUCAUGGUGUUUUUCUCAUCGUGUAAAUCGGUCGAUUUUCAUUAUGAAUUCUUUAGAGUGAAUUGUAAGGCAAUCGUCUCUAGUAUACACGGCAGACAAAGCCAGGCCAAAAGAAAAGAAGCCUAUCACGGUUUCGUGGAAGCACAAAACGGUGCGUUGUUCUGUACCGAUGUCGCCGCGAGAGGACUGGACAUACCGAGCGUCGAUUGGAUUGUCCAAUACGACCCUCCCACUGACCCUAAGGAGUACAUACAUAGAGUUGGACGUACCGCCCGAGGUAUGAACAGCAAAGGCAAUGCAGUGAUAUUACUUAGACCAGAGGAAGAGGAAUUCGUGAAGUUCUUAGAGAACGAAAAAGUUUAUUUAGAUAAAUACACUUUUGGCGAUCCCCCGGCAGACAUACAAGAAUUUCUUCAAAAACUAAUAAAAGAGAACGGAGUUAUGAAAGUUUUGGCGAGAAAAGCUUUUCUUUCGUUUUUACGUUGUUAUAAAAAUCAUCCACUGAAGAGUAUUUUUAAUAUCAAAAAUCUGGAUCUACAGUUGGCAUCAAAAGCUUUUGGAUUUGAUGAAACGCCUCAUGUCGAUUUCUUACGUUCUAAAUGAAGGUAUCGGAGCGGCAAUACAGGUCUAUGACUUUGAGAAUCUGUGAUAUGUGAUUUAUUUCAUUGGGAAAUAAAAUGUCUUUAAGAAU